AUGCGUAUGAUACUGGACGAUGAGUUCAAAGUACCAGUUGAAUGUCCAGAUGCAGCAACGGCAGCUGAACAUUUCAACGCAUGUCAAAAUGCCAAAACCUGUGCAUGCACUCCCAGUGAGGACGCGGUGCAAUGCAACUGUCCUCAGAGUACGAUGCACGGAAUGAAAUACACAGCGCAAAAGCUACCACUUAUAAUACCUCAUCUCAACACAAGUGCGGUAGAUACGGUUGUAGCGGACACCCACGAUACCGAAAUCACACUGCUAAUUGAGUCCCAUAGGCAAAUUCAUAUGGCACAACUUCUGGUUGAUCCACCUUGUUUCUUGCAUACAACGACUGUAACGGGUUGCUACAGCUGUCAAGAAGCUUCAAAAAUAACAGCGUACUGUUAUUCCAUUGAAAAACGUGAAGUCGUCCUUGACUGCACAGACCAGUCACGCCUGCUUAAAUGUUCACCUCAAAACGAAAGCAACGUCAUAUCCCUAGAAUACAAUCGUGCACACGUAAAUGAUAUCUGUUCAUUCUGUUGUGCAGGAAAACGCCGAACAAUUUCCCUAGCAAGUACCCUCCUCUACCACAGUUCAAUACCGGACGAAGAAAUCGUCAACAUCGGCGAAAACCCCAAUACGAACAACAGCUGGUCGAAUGACAUCUCAAUCCCAGACCUACGUCCUCUUAUGCAGACCGUUCUCACACACUGGAAGAGCACACUAGCAACAGCAUCACUUACAGGGCUAUUCGGAUUCGCGAUCUACCUUUUUGGACCUAUUGCGAUUGUUGCGAUCGUAAAAACCGUUAUCACAAUCGCAACAUUUGUGUCUAAAUGGUUUCUCAAGUGUGUGGAUAGUAUUCGAACAACCGUUACUAGAAUUACGAACAAUAGAGCUCGCAACUGA